AUGAAUCCGGCUUCGAAAUCCCCCCAGGCCCAGGCAUCCCUGUUCCAGGUCUUUCUCCGCCUCCGUCCGCCGAUGACCCAGCACCAAGAUGCACAAGCGGAACGUUGUCUAGCCGUCGAGCCUCCUGAGCCCGUGGAACCCGUGGGUGAGAAUGUUGAACAGCUUCCCGUCGCGGUGCCCACCCAUAUAAUCUUGCAACCUCCAAGCGAUGCCAGAAAACGUGCCGUUGAGAAAUUCGGGUUUACCAAGGUGUUUGAGGAGGCAUGCUCUCAGCUCGAUGUCUUCCAAGAUACGGGCAUGGAAUCGUUGGUCAGGGGUGUCUUGUUGGAAAGUAGAGAUGGACUAGUCGCUACACUGGGCGUGACGGGGAGUGGAAAGAGUCACACCAUUCUAGGAUCCAAGUCGCAGCGAGGCCUGACCCAGAUGGGCCUCGACGUUAUCUUCAAGUCCUUGGAACCCACCAUCAAGCCCCCCGACAAUUCGAUCAACCCUCUUCUGUUGUCUUCCCUGUCAGCCGCGGACACCUCUGAAGCACAAUUGUUCACAGCACAGACCUUCCUAGAAGCUGUCUAUGGUGAACCGAAUGCCGGCAGGAACUCCAGAGCCCAAACCCCCAUGAGCUCCUCCAGAGCCAAUACUCCCAUGACGGUAUGGAGCCCUUUCCCCCCAAACCCGUUGCAAGAAACUCCAUAUGCGCGCCCGUAUACACCCAGUCGCUGUGUCCCUAUCAGCAUGGGGUCGGUGCCCCCCAUGAGGCAACAUAUGAAAUCCCCCAAGACUCCAGAUCGAAUCCCUCGUCUGAGUACAAAGACUACUAGUCCCUUUGCACCUCUUUCUCACUCCCAUCCCAACACACUGGGAUCAAGAUAUGCUAAACCUCGACUUUUAUUUUUAAAGGAACCGACCCCCGCCUUGAUCUUCCCUCGUCGUCAUAUGCCCCAGCGGCCCAGCGUGUUGCCCCGAUUGCCCGAUGUCAGUCAUCUGACCCUCGAAUUGAGCCCGCACUCCGAGUAUGUAGUACUUGUGUCCAUGUACGAAGUCUACAAUGACCGUAUUUUCGAUCUUUUGUCACCCGCUGUCCAGCCUGGUCAAGGAAGUACCGCGUCCCGUCAACCUGCAAACGGCCAAAAAGAUCGACGAAGACCCCUUAUGUUCAAGCCUACCGAAGGUUCCCCCGACAGAAAGGUAGUUGCAGGGCUGCGGAAGAUUGCCUGCAGUACUUAUGAGGAAGCGCUGGCAAUCCUUGAUGUAGGACUUACCGAACGCAAAGUGACCGGAACUGGCGCAAACAGUGUCAGCUCCCGAAGUCACGGCUUCUUUUGCCUUGAGGUCAAGAGAAGGAUGCGGAACAAGAAGAAUGGCGAAGUGACCUGGAUCGGAAACACUCUCACUGUCGCAGAUCUUGCGGGCUCUGAGCGAGCCAGAACCGCAAAGACAGCCGGCUCGACUCUGGCAGAAGCUGGUAAAAUUAACGAAAGUCUGAUGUAUUUGGGACAAUGCCUGCAGAUGCAAAGCAACAUCCAAGAUGGAAACAAGAGCGCUCUUGUUCCAUUCAGGCAAUGCAAGCUUACAGAACUCUUGUUCUCUAACUCCUAUCCACCAGCGAACUCGACUUCUCACAACCGCCAUCCUCAAAAAGCUAUCAUGAUCGUCACAGCAGACCCUCUGGGAGACUACAACGCUACAUCGCAGAUCUUGCGCUACUCUGCCCUGGCCCGAGAAGUCACUGUUCCUCGCGUCCCUUCUACAGCCGAAUCAAUUUUGUCUGGCUCCUUGGGAUCUUGCAGGGACCGCAACAGUGGACGCCACUCAGCAGAUCUGGCCUUGAACGAAGAGCUCGAAAAUGCUGCCGCUGAAAUCACACGCCUGUCAAACGAAAAUGAAAGUCUAUCCGUCAAACUCGCCGAAGAAGAAAUCUUACGAGGAGAGCUCGAGAUCAAACUGAAGGCAAGUGAAGAGAAUUGCCUCAUGAUCGAGCAAGAGGUGCGAGAAGAAUGCUGGGCAGAGAUGGAUGAAAGAAUGGAAGAAGAGAGGAAGAGAUGGCAGAGGGCAUGGGAUGAACAAACUGGUCGCAAUGAUGAACACCUUGAUAAGAAGAUCGAAGUACUUUCCCGAGGCUUUCAAAUUUGUGAAGACCCAGAGCUAUCCCCAGAUGACCGAGUUGAAGAACUUGAAUUUGAGAAUGACCAACUUCGCAGCAAAAUUGCUGCCCUUGAGCGUGAAUUGCAAUGCCGAUCUCCCACUAAAAAGUCCAAGUCCAAGAACGUUCUCGAGCCAUCUCACAACUCCAAUCUCCUUGGCCGUGAAAGUGAUGUGGAGAAUGCCCUUCGCCGUAUGGAUGGAAUAAAACUGGCCGAUAGCAUGUUCGCGACCACACCAAGCAGCUCCCCUGGCAAGAAGCAGAGGAAGAUGGCAACCCGAAAAUGGGAUCUGGCCCCUGAAGAUGAGAUAUAA